AUGGUGGACGCUCUGAGGACGCUGUACGCCACUCUGAUGGCUGUAACCAGUGCAGCGUCCGUGUGUGGGAACCUCCUCCUCCUGCUGGUGCUGCUCCACAACAAGGAGCUUCGCUCCGACACGCUGGGUCUGACGGUGAGUUUCAGCCUCAGCGACCUGGCCCUGGGCCUCUCCACCCUCCCCUUCGGGGCCCACAACAGCCUCUCGCAGCCCGGUGGUCACCCGAGCGAGGGCGUCCUCUGUCAGGGCAGCGGCUUCCUCUUCCUCCUGCUGCAGACUUCCUCCAUCCACUCGCUCACCUGGGCGACUGUAGACAAGUUCACAGAGAUCUGCUUCGCCCUCAGCUACCAAAGCAUCUGGACGACCGGACGGAGUCGGGUGGUCCUGGUCCUGGUCUGGCUAUUCUGUCUGGUGAACGCCAGCCUGCCCCUGCUGGGGUUCGGCACCUACGCCUACAGCGAGUCCCGGUUCCUGUGCUGCCCGAGCUUCACGCCCGACAACCGAUCCUUCGUGGUGCUGUGGAUGACGUUGGGCAUCGUGGCACCGCUCCUCACCAUGUGCUCUCUGUACGGAUACAUGGUCUACGUGGCCAGGAAACAGGCUCGCAGGGGAACCUUCAUGUGCAACGAGCUGCACUGCUUCCAUGUUCCUGCCAACACCUACCUGAGGAGCUCCGUCGUCAUGGUUACCACCUCAGUGUGUGUGCUGGUGUGCUGGCUGCCGUACAUCUCAGUGUGUUUGUACGAGACGCUCAGCGGUCAGCAGAGCGCUGCAGUGACCUCUGCCCUUUCUGCUUGGCUGGUUCUGACCAGCUCUGCCCUCAACCCCUGGAUCACCUGCAUGACUCAGACGUAA